AGCUCGUUGCUUUCCAAUCUCACAACAACGCGCCAGCGCGAUGGCCGAUCCAUUCGAAGUGCGCAUGCGCUUCACCUCACAAUUGCAACAUCUCUCCGCCUCGUCAUCAUCAGCUACGAAAGCUGCCAACUAUGCUCUCCGACACAGCGAAUAUGCCGACGACCUGCACUCAUGCAUUCUCGAACAGCUCGAACGCAACAACAUGAACCUCCGCGCGAACAUCAUGUAUUUCCUGCCGGCCCUGUGCGAUGCAGCCAAGACUGGUCUUGCCAAUGGCGGUCUUGCGUCUGAGGCGGGAGUGUACGUGCGAAUGGUGGAGCGGGACAUUCUCAGGAUCAUCGAUCUCGUGGCACCAGAUGAUGGGAGCGGCGCAGCGAACGUCAAAGUGGUCAGGAAGGUGCUGCAAGCUUUGAUGGGCAGGGGCGUGCUACAGAGCCAGACCGUGCGCGAACUGGAGGAGCUUAUGCAAGGACGAGACAACCUGCCAGGCGCGUCGAGUCCCGUCCACGAGAGUCAGCAUUCUACACAUCACCACACACCUCAGGGCCAGGCCGCAGUCAGAGGCACACCGCAAAAUGCAGGACAUCAUGGCUAUGGGAGCGGUGCGAUUCGACUGGACAAGAGGCAGAUCGAGCAGCGCAUUGAAGAGGAUCGGGAGAGGCACAAGAGGGCCAGAGAGGGGAUAUGGGCUAUACCGCAACAGAGAGGAGGAUCUCUAGCAGAGGAUGCAGAGUUCGAUAAAGUGUGGGAGAACGGCAGCGAUGUCGACAGCGACGACUAUCGUAUGGCCGAGGAAGAGGCCGAGGAGAGGAGAAAGCACUUGGAGUACGAUGACUAUUGAGAAGGCGGACAUCUGAGAGAACAACCCAUCUUCAUUGACUAUUAGCAUGGCGCUGGAGGUGUUUGCACAAGAGCUGAGCUAGGGAGCAGCUGAGUACCUGGGCGCAAUGACUGGAAUCGAGCUUUUUGAGUCCUAGCAUUCAUGUUAUGGCCAACAACUGGUCAUGAACGCACAAUCUUCACACGAUGUUGCGUUCCAUUGCGGAUCCUUGCGAGUGGUAGCCGAUAUCCGGAUUUGCAUCCACUUGAUCGUCCGCCAAGAACUGCGACAUAGCAGCGCAGCUGAUGGACUGCGACCUUUCGGAGUCCAGCAUUCCAAGUCACGAGCUUCACGAAAGACCAAGCACGGCAAGAACCAAGCAAGAAAGCCUGGACCCACGCAACCCACCAUGGCAAGCCUCUACGGCCAUCCCAUUCCUCAACACGAAGCCGACCACGAAUCGCAAUUCUGGGGAGCUUGUCUCGAAGCCUUUCGACAUCCCACAACAUUACCGCGAUUCUUCAGGGUAGUGUACCACGACACUAAAGCAUACUACGCUGGACGAGACCUUGUAGAUCUGGAACGAGAAGAACUUAUUGAGAACCUUACCUGGAUGCGGAAAGUCACAAUCUCAGCUGCAGCGAGCGCGUCGAUGUCUCUAUUGUUCCUCAUCGCGCAGUUGAUUCUCUGCAGGAUUGAGGUGCAUGAGGCGAGGAAGGUGACUUGAAUGUGCUUGGCGAGGGCGAGGACUUUUAGAGGGCAUAGCUGUCAAGUUGCGAGUGGGUCGUGAAUUCGAAUGUGCUUUCCUUUUGCAAUGCAGCUGGUGGCUGUCUGAGCAGCCUUGCGAAGUUCCAGCAAAGCCCGCUGGUAGAAAUCAGAGGAGGCGAUGAAGCACCAUCGUGGCGCUGAAUUGCAUGUGCUCCACGACCACCGAACAGGGC